AUGGAUGCCAGUGUCAGCGGAGCACAAAAAAAUAGUAAACAGGAUUGGGGCAUCAAUGGUAAACGAGGUUGGAGCAUCAGUGGUGGUUACAAUGGACGCAAUUGGGGCGUCAGUGGUGGUUAUGAGCGUAACAAUGGCAAAUCGAGUCUGGGCAUCAGUGGCGGAUUGGGGAACAAUGGCCCAUCGGGUUUGCACGUCCGUAUCGGUUAUCAAAAGAAAUUUGGUAAACGUAAUUGUUAUUAUUGUUGUUGUUGUUGUUGAAGAGUACGAACAGUCCCUCCUUUCGGCGAAGUCCGUUGAGCGUCUCCAAAGAAUUCAGUGAGACAAAAAAUGAAGUUAGCGUGCCGCGGGGAGUUUGGGAGUGUGAUGCCUCACUCUUAAAACUCCUUACACACCACCCCCGUUGUUCAGCUAUCCGUCCAUCCAUCCAUCCUUCCAUUCAUCUGCUAAUCCAUUCAUCCAUUCACGCACCCAUUAGUCUGGUAAUGACUAGCAAUUUGUAAAAACGAGAAUUCAGAGGUUAAAUAAGACCCUUUCCUAUAGCUGGGUGCACUGAUAGUUGGCAAAGGAUAUUAAGUGCUUUUUUCGGGCGUUUAAGCUCUUUAGAGAGAGCUACACUUUUCAUGUCCGAAUCUCUUACACUGGUGAUUUUUUUUAUAUAUUUCAGACCCACAGGUGAAUUACCUAUCGAGAAGUCAAGGUCGACGCCAAAACGGUAUAGGAAAAUAUGAAUGAAAACUGUGCUAACUUAAUUGUUUCUUUUUUCAAUUAAUUGCCAGUUUCAUAUCGAUCUCUAAUUUUGGUAAAUUCUCUCACAUUUCAGGCCCACGUUACAACAUUCGGACGAAAUAAAGGUCAAAGCUCCUAUGAUAUGAGGAAAUAUAAGGAAGAAAGUGUCUUAAUUUGCUAAAAUUUCGUAAGAAACGUAGUAUUUGGACUCGAUUUUGUAACAAUACUCAAUAAUUUUAAUGAUAAAGAAAUGGCACUAAGGAGCAAACAAAGGAUUAAAAAGGAGC